CACAAAUCUAAUGAAUUUGAAACUGUCCAACAAAUUUGGGCAGGCACUUGCCGAGGCAUCAACUCUUCAAUUGCAAUGGGUUGGGAAGUUAUCCAAAUUGGAGGAAUUGGAGUUGUGCCUUUCGAUCUUCCCGUGCCAUCAAAGGAGUUGGGUUGCUUACCUCGACUUAAAAAACUUACCUUAUCUCGCAUGGAUAGUUUCGACUCGGUAGUUGUUGGACCACAAUUUUUGCACUUGAAAAAUUUGUCCACCUUGCAUCUUUGUUGCUGUCCGCUGAGGGAAAUUCAACUCGAUGGGCUUGAACUAUUGGGAGAUUUGGUUGUGAAAUAUUGCGAGUUUCUGGAGGGAUUGUCAGUUAUUUCAUCGAGCUUGAGGAAGCUCUCUAGAAUGGGAGUUAAAAAUUGCCCAAAGCUACUUCAAAUUCGAUUUCUCAGUACAAUGGAAUCACUGGAGAGACUUAGAGUUAGAGACUGCGAAUACCUAGGAGGGUUGUAUGGUUUAUCAAAUUCAAAGAAGUUGAAGACUUUAAUGUUCAGCAUGUGCCCUAUGCUACGAGUUAUUGAGGGCCUUGAAGAAUUGGAGCUUUUGCGGUGGUUGUAUUUCUUCACGUGUCCAUCGUUGAAAGUGUUGACUAAUCUAUCCAACUCAAAGAUACCAAAUGAAUGCAAGAUAGAUGUAAAAAACUGUGAGAAGUUACCCGCUUCCGGUUUUUGCCAUUACGGGGAUUAUAGAGGGAAGAUUCUUGACUGGACGAGGAGGGGAUUAAGCCAAGAGGGUGCGGCGCGGUUCUUCGAACGUGGCCAACCGCUCAUCGUACAGGAAGAUGCAAGGGAAACAGAUGCAGAAGAAUCAACGAUGGAGACCAAUAACUACUAUUCUCAGAACUUGCCAUUGACUAUAGGUUUUCUAUGGUCUCCAGAACCCGACACUGAGCUCGAUUCUACAAUACAAACUAUUCUUACAGGCUUGAAUAAUUCCCAAGUUCCUCCACGAACCACAUCUUCAGAUGCUUCCAGAAGUUCAUGCUCAAUUCUAUAAGCAAAAUGCGACUGAUUCUAGCAAUGGAGAGAUGAAUGAAUUCACAAUGUGAUCGAGUUUGGGAAUCUGUGAAAUUGCCAGAAGUAUUGGAGUUUGCUCUAAGGACAUGUUCCCCCUCUCCCAGGUCCAUCACAAGAGAAACUUUAUGUGGAUUUGUUCGAGAUGUGGAGGAGACCUCUAGUCCUAUGUGCUACCGAUCGAGUUCCCAGGAAAUGGAUUAUUGGACUUCACUGGAUAAAGCAGGCCGCCCAGGGACUAGCUUUUGAGUUGAUUACGCUGAAGCUACUGUAGAAUGGUUUCCAUAUGCAAUAUAUGGAGAGCUAGGAAUGACUUGCUGCAUAUUGCUCCUCCUGUUGACGUUGGGAGGAAUCCCUUGUGCUUGCAGCAAGAUAUAGCAUCGAAGGGUGCAUAAG